GAUGCUGGCUGUCGUCUGUCCUUAGAUUUCUCUGUAUUUGGUGUAUUUAAUCUAUUUCUUUGUUGAUAUUGUUGCUCCCUUGCUUCCACGCCAUGACAGAGUGGCCUCAUCUUGCACCAGUCCCACCUCCUGCGGUGCGGAAUGUGCUGUGCAGCGAGGAGUGGGAAUUCUGUCUGCAAGCAUGGACGACGCUGAUUGAAAUACGUUUGGAAGCCUCUGGGAAAGAGUUUCAAGAACAUGCACCGGAAGAUGAAUCAGCAGUUUCUUUUCUCUCAUCUUUCUACGAUCAACUGGCCUCGUCAUCUUCUACAGAUCCCGGUCUUUAUUCGGGGAAGGCAAGACAUUUACGGAAGCUCUGCUUUCUUCUGUCUAGGAGAUUUCUUUUGGAUCUCCCAGUGCUUUCUGGAAAGCUGCUGGACUGGAGGUUCCUCGGUGAUUUGUGUUGCUGCUACCCGUCGAGUUCUGCCCUGAAGAAACUACUGUCGGAGACGUGGGAUAAAGAUAAGAAUAAGGAUGCAAUAACAUCUAGUUUGGAGAAUGCAAAAUCGCUCAUUGUCAAGCGACUUUCAUUUCCUAUGAAGAAACCUCCAAAUAACCUGGAUGUUGUUUCUGAUAUUCGGAAAUUGACUCUUCUGGCCUCCAUCCUACCCGGAUGUGGCCAGGUUCUUAUGACCGGAUCUGAUUUCUUGGAUACCGUCUCGGAUACGUAUCUGGAGCAGAAGACAGAGGGGUUCCGCAGGAUUCUCGUGGCGAAUGUUUACGUGGGAUUAACCUCCUUACUGAAAGGUCCCAAUGCAAAUCUUUCCUUGCUUCUGGAUCAGCUAUUCAGCCUUAAGACAGCCGCCGGGGUUGGUACCCCCAAGGUGAAAAAAGAGCCAACUCUCCUUUCAGAUCUUGUUUGUAGCUCCGAUCUUCUGGGACGUCUGCAGAGGUACCUGGAAUCUUUUCCGCAGAAACGCGGUCAGGAUCUUGUUUUCAGCUUGCGCUCGUAUCAAGUGGAAUCUAAACCGUUGCACCAUCGAUACCAAAAACAGAAGAAGAAAACAGACAAAGGGAAGGGCCGCGCUGACGAUGUACCUAUCACUGAGGAACUCCACGCCCACAGGAUGUCCCUUGUCACUCAAGUCCAAGAUUUAUUCCCGGACCUGGGCUCGGCGUACGUGAUACGGCUCUUUGACUUUUACGGAGAUAACCCUGAAACUGUCGUGGCACAUCUCCUUGAUGACUCUCUGCCUCCCGAAUUGAAAGCCCUUGAUAGACACGAGCAACUUGCUACGACACACGAGAUCCCCCACCGAGAUCCCUUGCCACCGCGGCCAACACCUCCCGAAGUCCCUUCUCCUCUAUCCGCAUCACCACCUCUUGCCCGCAGAAACGCGUUCGAUGAGGACGUCGAUAUCGCCGAGCUGGCUCGCUCAGGCGAUGAUCGGGUACGGAGUAAACUCCGAUUCGGCCGCGCCAACCCUGAGCUCACGGCGGAUGAUAUCCUCGCUGACCGUAGCCAACACACUGUCAACAAGGCAGCUAUUAUAUCAGCAUUGGCAGCGUUUGACUCAGACGAUGAUGAACGCGACGACACGUACGAUGUCGCCGACGUCGGCGGGACUGUGGAUGGCAUGGCACCCGGCACAGAUGCAGAUGCGGAUGCCGACAUGCGCAACCGCCGCGCAGAUGAGAUGGACAUGGUCCUCUUCCACGCGUACAAAUCCUCUCCCGCACUCUUUGCCCGUGACUCUGCAACUCGUCGUUCCCAACCGCGCGCAUCCCUGAAACGGGAAACCGGCAUGACGGAUGAAGCCAUCGAAGGAUGGGCGGUCAUGCUGAACCGGGACCCGAAACGAGUAUCGAAGUUAGAACACAAGCUUGCUCUUGCUUCCGGGGGUGCUGCUGGAGGACCCGGAGGGGGGCUACAGCAACCCGAGCUUCGGCCGACAUCGUACAGGAAACCCGGUCCUGGUGCCUUGGAAGAUGAGUCCGAAGGCGAUGCCGACGGCGCUGGGGAACAGAACAAGGCACCCUCUAAGGGUCCCAGCGGAAGAGGAAGAGGUAGCCGUGGCCGUGGUGGAGGAAGAAGGGAUGGUGGCCGUCGAGGCGGCGGUCAGGGGCCAGGGCCUUCUGCUACGGAACAGAACCCUGCUCUAUCCAGGCAAAGGAAAGAAGAACAUAAAGCCAGCAGGGCCAAUCAUAAUCGAAGACAGCAGAGGGCAAAGAAGAUGGCGAGGGGUGGUGGCAUGCCUGGAUAGCUAGUAAUGUACAGCGUAGAAACAAAAGCGUUCAAACAUUCCCAGCUUUUGUCGGAGGCAUUUGAAUAGACGGAAUACAGAGGGGCAUCUCUCCAUCACCAGCAAAAUACAAAUGAGCGCCCCACGACGAAGUACACCGACCUUCAUUCUCAUCCCUUCCAACCGCGAUCCAAGCCGACGAAGCUGCGGCAUUAUGGAUACCCUCCGGCCAAAGUUACAUCUGCCAGUUUUGGCUUACCGGCAGCCUGCCUGGCCGUGUGUUCCUUCCAAUCAAUAUCUGUCUCCUGAAUCUGUUUCCUGACCCUCCUGAAC